UAUAUAUUUCAAUGGGACAUUUUUAAUUAUUAUGAAAUUCAAUAUAUUCGUUUCAUCGUGCAAACCGAAAAUCGAUUCUCGAUUGCUAAAUGCUUUUCGAACCGUAGCCGACGAUCUGCUACUAUGUUAGUCAUGUAAGUUGCGAACGUUUGUAAUCGUUCGAAUCGUUGAUCCGUUGGUAAUCGUAGCACAUUGGACACCGGUUAGCUAUCGAGAUACGUGCCAACGUGCGGCGUAGCGACUGGAGUUUGUUGUCGAAAGCUCACGGAUAUACGGGAACCGAAGUUAAAUAUAAUAGAUCGAGGUAAUUAAAGACCGCGUGAAAGUGAUUCCUCGAUUCGCAGAGCACGAUGCCACCCCGCAAGACAGCGAGACAAGCGGAGGAAGAGGCCGCGGAGAAGAUCUCCGAUCCCGGCGACGUGUUGCCUCCGAAAAGAAAAAAAAACGUGGCGAAAGCCGCGGUUAAAAGCGACGACGAGAGGCAAAUCAGAUUGCCGAGAGCCGCGAAAUCAGGGAAAGCUCAGGCCGAGGUCCAGGAUGCGGGAAAGAAUCCGAAAGCGGCGGACAAAACGAUACCGAAAAAGAGUGCACCGGUGACGAAGGCGAACUCAAAAACGAAAUCCGUGGCCGCGAAGAAAAAUAAAGAGGCCGAGGUCGACGUGAACGAGGAAACUGGCAAAGAAAAGGUAGAAGCUGCGAAAACGACACGCACGAAAGCUGCGACGAAAAAGGCGGGAAUGGAGGCCGACGAGGAUCCCAAAGCAAAGCCUAAAGGAAAGUCUAAAAAAGCCAGCAACAAAACCACAGACGGUUUGGACCCACCAGCCACAAAGAAGAGGAAGCAAGCGAAUACAGAACCGACGGUAAAGGAAAGCACAUCUAGGGGAAAAUCGACGAGAAAGAAAAAUGAAACCGAAGCUAACGCAAAAGACGAACCUGCUGCUGCAUCCGUGAAACUCGCUGGAAGGAAGACGAGAGGUCGUAAAAACGACACCAGUCCCGAAGAGGAAGAAGUACAGAAUGGGGAUAACGAAAACAAUGAAAAUAACGUAUCUGAAAGUACAGAAUCCACUCAGACGUCGAGAAAGGGAAAAGUUGCGAAGAAGAAGGAGGAGACAGCGCCACAAAAGAAAGUAGCUAAGCCUCGUGGCAAAGCUGCUAAUCGUAAUAACGAUAAUGUUGCUACUGAAAACGAUACGAGUACAGCAAAGGAAGGUAAAGAUGUACAGAAGAAAGCAGCUAAGGAUAACGGAAGUACGCCAAAGAAAGGACGAGGAAAGAAACUCGCGGUAACAGAUGUGAACGGAGAGAAUUUAGAAAACACUUUUAUUAAAAAGGGACAGUCAGAUUCAAUCGAUAUAUUAGCUAGUAAUAACAAUUUGUCGAAGUCGUCCAAUGAAGAGGACAACAAAGAAGAUUCUGACGCGGAAGACGUAAACCAUGCGAAAAUGCAAAAGUCCAAUGACUCGUUUCAAAUUAAGACAGAGGAAAAUGAAACCAACGAGAUAAGUACAUCGAUACACGAAGAAGAGAAUUAACAUUAAAGGUUCUAUUUUUACUUUACAUGUUUCUUAAAAUAAUAUAUCAUUAAUAUUUUAAUAUAUUUCGUAAAAAAAGAAAACAUUAUCGAGUACUUCCACAUGAAGGAGUACGAAAAAAAUGUAUGUUGUAAGAGUUCAGUAAUAUACUUCGAUUACGUAUCGUUUCAAAAAUAGUUAUUUGUGUUUUACAUAAUGUAGUAUUUGGAGUCCACUUGUUAUAAUGAGAAUCUUAUACUUAAAAGUACUGCUGCGCGUUAAGCAGUUAUCUCUUAAUACCAGAUAAGAGAUCGUUGCUAGCAUAGAGCGAAUAACAGAGCAUUCCAUUGGUCUUUCUCAAUUUAAAUUGUUUUUAACGUUCGAAUGCCAGUGUUUCUCAAUGCUACACUGAAAAUAAAGAGGAUGUUUAUCGAAUAAGAUUCGUUUCAUUUAAAAAUAUAAGUGAAAAAGGUUACAAAGUAUUUAAAUAAGAAAAGAAUGUGAUAUAAUAAAGCAUACUUUUUAAUAUUGUAGCACACUAAAUUGAUAUAACACACUGUUAUAGAAUUAACAUCCCGAACAUUGUUUCCGACAUUUCGUUACAUUUACAUGGUUGUUAGACGAGUACUUUUAAGUGAUAUACGUAAGAUGUUUGAGAGUGAACAAACGAGUGAUUGAAUUUUAUAAUUAUUUCGAAUUUAAAUAAAUAUUUAUAUUCACAGGA